AUGGUUGGCAGUGCUCUCACCAAGUGCCACCAAUCGCCAGGGAGACCAGGUACUGGAAAGAGACAAUCUGACAUUUCUGACUCCGAGCCGACGGUUGGCAGCGCUCCCACCAAGCGCCGCCAAUCGCCAGGGAGGCCAGGUACUGGAAAGAGACAAUCGGCCGUUUCUGCCUCCGAGCCGACAGUCGGCAGCACUCCCACGAAGCGCCACCGAUCGCCAGGGAGGCCCGGUCCUGGAAAUAGACAAUCGGCUGUUUCUGCCACUGAGUUACGUUCGGCAGCACUUCCUCCAAGUGCCACCGAUCGCCAGGGAGGCCAGGUACUGGAAAGAGAAAAUCAGCCAUUUCUGCCUCAGAGCCGACGGUUGGCAGCGCCCCCACAAAGCCCCGCCAAUCGCCAGGGAGGCCAGGUUCUGGAAAGAGACAAUACGCCGUUUCUGCCUCCGAGCCAACAGUUGGCAGCGCCCCCACCAAGCCCCGCCAAUCGCCAGGGAGGCCAGGUUCUGGAAAGAGACAAUACGCCGUUUCUGCCUCCGAGCCAACAGUUCGCAGCGCUCCCACCAAGUGCUAGGGAGGUUAGCGAUCCCACCAAGCGCCACCAAUCGCCAGGGAGGCCAGGUACUGGAAAGAGACAAUCGGCUAUUUCUGCCUCCGAUCCAACAGUAGGCAGCGCUCCCACCAAGCGCCACCGAUCGCCAGGGAGGCCAGGUACUGGAAAGAGACAAUCGGCUAUUUCUACCUCCGAUCCAACAGUAGGCAGCGCUCCCACCAAGCGCCACCGAUCGCCAGGGAGGCCACGUCCUCGAAGGAAACAAUUGGCUGUUUCUGCCUCCGAACCUAAGACUGAUCGCCAAGGAGGCCAGGACCUGGAAGGAGACAAUCGGCCUUUUCUGCCUUUGAGCCGACAGUUGGCAGCGCUCCCACGAAGCGCCACCGAUUGCCAGGGAGGUCAGUACUGGAAAGAGACAAUCGGCCGUUUCUGCUUCCAAGCCAAUGGUCGGCAGCGCUCCUACCAAGCGCCACCGAUCGCCAGGGAGGCCAGGUACUGGAAAGAGACAAUCGGCUAUUUCUGCCUCCGAUCCAACAGUAGGCAGAACUCCCACCAAGCGCCACCGAUCGCCAGGGAGGUCAGUACUGGAAAGAGACAAUCGGCCGUUUCUGCUUCCGAGCCAAUGGUCGGCAGCGCUCCUACCAAGCGCCACCGAUCGCCAGGGAGGCCAGGUACUGGAAAGAGACAAUCGGCCGUGAAUGCCUCUCAACCAACGGUUGGCAGCGCUCCCACCAAGGGCCACUGA